AUGGCUAUCCGUAUAAUCAAGAAGUCUUCGACAACUAAAGAUGUUCCGAAAGGCCACUGUGCUGUGUAUGUUGGGGAGGAACAGAAGAAGAGAUUUGUGAUCCCUAUAUCAUUCUUGAACCAACCUUUAUUUCAAGACUUGCUUAGCCAAGCUGAGGAAGAAUUUGGUUUCGAUCAUCCAAUGGGUGGUCUCACAAUACCUUGCAAAGAGGAUGUCUUCAUUAACCUUACUUCUCGUUUGAGAAACUGAUAUGGAAACUUGCUUUCACAAUUUUAUAGAAAAGUAAAGCAGGAUUUGCAGAGUCUGUAAAGUUUAGGAGUUGGAAGAGAACAGU